GAUCGCUGCAUAGAAUGCGUCUGGAGUGCGGGCAAUGACAGCAUGUCGACCAGCGAGCUCGCGGAUGUUUGACAGGUCGCGAAGCUGUGAAGCUGUGCUACAUGCGAAGGCGCACGCCCCUUCGCGCUCGCAUGCUGCCCUCCACAAUUGCGCAGCAGCCAGCGCGCGGCACAUCGCCUCGAUGCGCUGCUGCCUGCUGCACUGCAGCUGCGGCUCCCAGCCUUUGUGUGAGGCCUCACACCAUGUGUGCGGAAGCUGCCAGCUCUGUGCGCGCGCCUCUGCCUCUCUGCACCGUUGCUGCGUUGUGCGUGCGAUCGCACGAGCCAUCGAUUCGCGAACAGUACCUGCUCCGGUCUCCUCGACCUCUUGCUCUCCGACGCCUCGUCAUCCGUUCCUAGAGAUCCGCGACCGGAGCCGUCAUUGCCAUGUC